AUGAACUAUUUAAAUCAAUAUAAAAUCCCUACACUAAACACAAUGCACCAAAAUCCUUUUUCUAAUCCAUCAAAUAAAAAUAGUUCACCCCGUUUUCACCACCCUACAACUCCAACUAUAGUUGACCGCAUUGUUUUUCCACAAAUGGUUAAUGAUGUCAGGUACCAAUCGAGUAACAUAUUUGAUCCUAGACAUUUAGAUCUACAAAACACUUUGAAAUUAGAUACUCAUUUCAAUGGUAAUGUGGAUUUUUUUAAAAAUCAUGACAAAAAUGAGUUCUAUGACAAUUACAGAUAUGUGGAAACACAGUUACCUUCAAAACAAAAUUCCUAUAAAAAUUCUAGUCGCUCACAAGUUCUUGAAGUUAAAGCAAGGAUAUCAGUAGAUGUAUCUACUAUGACCGAUCCUUUGACUUUAGAAGAACAAGAAAGGCUCGGUCAAUGGGAAGGUUUUGCUGCUGUACAGUCCGGUAACAAAGUUGCUGAAUACUUGACUAGUCUGAGAGAAUUUCUUAAGUUAUCUCCACCACAAGAAGGAAAACGAAGACAAGGAUUGGGUGAUGUUAGAAUAGUUACAUCACCUGAUGGUUCUCGGCUAUAUUGCUGUUCUGAAUGCUUAAUGGCAUAUACGGAUAAAACAGUUUUGGAACAUCAUUUAGCUAAUCACAAGGUAGAGCGUAGAUUUAUAUGUAUGGAAUGUGGAGCUGGUUUGAAACGAAAAGAGCACUUAGAUAGACAUCAAUUAAGUCAUAGUGAUCAGAGACCAUACACCUGUGCAGCUUGUCCAAAGACCUUCAAGCGUAAUGAACAUUUAGCUCGACAUUAUAUUGUACAUUCUGGAGAAAAAGCACACGUCUGUGUAGAGUGCGGAAAAGCAUUUUACCGUCGUGAUCAUUUACAAAAACAUGUCCAGGGUCAUAUUACUAAAAGACUCAAAGCGGUAAUCAAUGCUGUUGUUUAA